AUGGCCACCGUCAUCGAAAUCAUCGGCGUCGUCUCCGGCGUUUUGGGCAUCAUCCAGUUCGCCCAGGACGCCUUCCCUGAAAAGCAGAAGCCCGGCUCCAGCGUGCGCAUAGCAGUUGGUCUCGACUCAGCGGGCGGCCUGAACAACGCCGGCGGCAACGUGCCCGGAGUCGCCCUCUUCAACGAGGUGGGCGGGUUCCUAGGCCAAGCGCAAAACAACGGGCAGGUGCAGGACGGCAACUUUGCCGACCUCACCGUGACGCAGAGCAGCGGGCAGCAGGCGGCGUACGGGCUGGUCCAGGCCGGCAGCGAUGCCGUCUGCAUCGCCUACACCUCCAUCACCUGGCCCGACGGCAACCAGUACGCCCUGACCGGCGACUGGGGCGAGGCCUGCGGCGGCAGCUGGUACUACAGUAACAUCUUCGUCCAGAGCUCCGGGUACAAGCCAAAGUGCAUGUGGAUCGACUCGGACGGCAACCAGCCCCAGACCGGGUUCCAGGUGCACUUUCCAGAGUUCCGCAGUGACACCAGCACUAUCCCCCAAGGCAAGGACGUCAAGAAGCUGUGCAACAGCAAGGCCCCCUUCCAGUACUUCACCACGGCCGGUCCCCAGACCAUCGACUACUGGAACGCAGACGGCAAGACGACGUCUCAGUCCACGGUCCCGGGCAAGCGCGUCGUCAACGACGGUGGUUCGCAGAAGAACCGUCGCGCCGCCGCCGCCGCCGCUCCGUCGGCCAUCGUCAUCACCAACGGGACCGACCACUCGGUCAAGGAGCUGUGCGACAGCAAGACGUCGAGCGGGCCCGAUCUGCUCAACCUGAGCGAAAAGUCCUUCUGCCGCAUGAGCGACAAGAAGAUAUUCCCACAGUGCGGCGGCACCGUCAAGGACAACUGCUUUGAUGCGGACGGCAUGCAGCUCGUCGUAGGCGGCAAGGCCGCGCGGUCCCCUUAUUCAAUCGUCUGGGACUGGAAGACGCCCGGAAAGACUUUUACCUCCAAGGCUGCCACUUCUGCCAAGAUUGCCGCGCGCGAGCCCUAUGCGGAGCCCCAGCCGUACAACAACAUCAUCGACUGGAGCGUUGCCGGAAAGGUCAACAAUGAGCCCGCCAAGUCUACUUGA